UGUUGCGGGUUUUUGUCUCGGCCGCGCGGCCCGCGCUGCAAGAUCCCCGGCGCCGGCGGCCCCCUCCCCUGCCGAGGCCGGGCCACCACUCCCGCGGUCCUAGAGAACGCCAUCUUGCAAGCCUUUGUCCCUCAUUCGGCCCUCUGUCCAUUCAUUUGUUCAUCUCCUCAUCCUUCGUUCAGUUCUCCUUGCCACGUCCUCCGAGGCCACGUUUUCUGAGGCUCAUAACCGGGGUCCUGCCCCCCAGGGGCUGCCUGGCUGGCGGGGGCGCCGCGUACAGACGGUUGCGAGGAGCGAGGAGCUCUGGGUUUCUGCAACUCUCGGCUCCUCGGCGCGCUUCGUAGGCCCCACCGCCCUUCAAACUCCCACAAACUUAAGGGACUCCAUUUUACUGAUGAGGAAACUGAGGCCCAGAGCGGCGUGGGGCCCUUACCUCUCUACUGCCAUUAAGUAUUCCUGAGGGCACUGGGGAAAGGGGUUCUUGAAGGAUGUAAAGGGGCUUUCCCGUUGGAGAAGGCAGGCAAGGGCUCCCGAGCCCAGGAAACUGCAUCUAGAGGUGGAGGGUUGAGAAUUGUGGCUGGAGGUUCGGUCGCUGCCGGGAGGAGGACUCUGUCGCUGGAGCUGAGGCUGGAAAACUAGGUUGGGAUCAGGUUGUGAACUGGCCCGGUUGGAGGCCUAGGAUAUGAUUAGCGCUCACUUCUGCAGGGUUCAUCUGCUCACUAGGUCACUACUGGCCGUGAGGCCUGUGUGGUGACUGCUUGUUUAGAGAUGGGAAGAUUGAGGUGCCUCCUUUUUCUCCUCAUCCCUGCCCCAGGGUCCUAGCCUAGGAUUUUUGAAAAUUGAAUCUCUGCUUGCCUAGUGAGACAGCAGAACUUCAUCCCCUUCCUAAGCCAGUAGUGAGGCAAAGCAAGGCUUCAUCGCCACGACAGGGAGCCCACUGUGGGAUAUUGGGGCAAUAGUUGGGCCUUGUGGACUUGGAAAGGUGGAAGUAUUUAGUUAAUAAACAGUUAUUGGUGGACAUUCUCACAAACUCCUACCUUGGAGGAGGCAGAGGCUACAGACCUGGGUUCAAAUUUCAUCUGAGGUUGGUUCUUUCCAUUUGUUUUGGGUCACCACACAGGGUUCUGGGUGUAGAGGAGGCAGAUGAUCGGUUUCCUAGCCCUUUGUCAGCCUGGACUCUGGUGCUGGUGAUGAAGAAUUAACAGCCAAACUAUAAGAUGUGUAAUGCUAGCAAAGCAAUAGUCAGGGCUCAGAGAGCAGGUGUUGGGAUUUGAACACUGGCUGGGACCGUGACUAGUAAGCUUGUUUCUUUGUGGUGUCACUUCUCAUAAGAACGCUAAUCCUGCUGGACCAGGGCCAUACCCUUAUGACGUCAUUCAACCUUAAUUACUUCCAUAAAGGCCUUAUCUCCAAAUACAGUCACAAUGAGAGUUAGAAUUUCAAUAUAUGAAUGGACAGGGAACACAAACAUUCACUCAUAAUGAACUUCUAGGCAGCUGUGCAAUUGGCUUGAGUAGUUGAGUAUUAUGCACAAAAUGCUUAGAAUGAUACCUUGCCCAUGGUAAAUGAUACCUUGCCCAUGGCAAGGAGUAUUGUCCAGAUGACACCAUAAAGGAAAUUAGAGAGGAGGGGGCUGGUCACUGUGGCUCAUGCCUGUAAUCACAGCACUUUAGGAAGCCAAAGUGCAGGAGCACCUGAAGCCAGGAGUUCUCGAGACCACUGUCGGCAGCGUAGUGAGACCUCCAUCUCUAUAUACAAAGAAUUUUUAAUAAAUUAGCGAGGUGUGGUGGUGGGUGCCUAUAGUCCUAGCUACUCAGGAGGAUUGCUUGAGUGCAGGAGUUCGAGGCUGAAUGGUUCUGCCGACCCUUGGUCCAACUCCUUUCUUCAAUGAGCAGAUCAGGGAGGAAACGAACGCAGGGUGUCAGAGCCAGGAAUGCUGGGCAGGAAGGAUGUGGGGGUUCCAAGAGAAACCCCGUUCACCAAGGCCAUGGAAGUGGAGGCUGCAGAGGCCCGGUCCCCAGCCCCCGGCUACAAGCGCUCGGGCCGCCGCUACAAGUGCCUGUCCUGUACCAAGACAUUUCCAAAUGCGCCCAGGGCAGCGCGCCACGCUGCCACACAUGGGCCGGCAGACUGCUCUGAGGAGGUGGCCGAGGUGAAGCCAAAGCCAGAGACAGAAGCUAAGGCAGAGGAAGCCAGUGGGGACAAGGUGUCAGGCUCCGCGGCUAAGCCUAGGCCCUAUGCGUGUCCGCUAUGCCCCAAGGCCUACAAGACGGCACCCGAGCUGCGCAGCCACGGGCGCAGCCACACGGGGGAGAAGCCCUUUCCGUGCCCCGAGUGCGGCCGCCGCUUCAUGCAGCCCGUGUGCCUGCGCGUGCACCUGGCCUCGCACGCUGGCGAACUGCCCUUCCGCUGUGCGCACUGCCCCAAGGCCUAUGGCGCGCUCUCCAAGCUCAAGAUCCACCAGCGUGGCCACACAGGCGAGCGGCCCUACGCCUGCGCCGACUGCGGCAAGAGCUUUGCUGACCCUUCAGUGUUCCGCAAGCACCGGCGUACUCACGCUGGCCUGCGGCCCUACAGCUGCGAGCGUUGCGGCAAAGCCUAUGCGGAGCUAAAGGACCUCCGCAACCAUGAGCGGUCCCACACCGGCGAGCGCCCCUUCCUCUGCUCCGAGUGCGGGAAGAGCUUCUCCCGCUCAUCCUCGCUCACAUGCCACCAGCGCAUCCACGCGGCACAGAAGCCCUACCGCUGCCCGGCCUGCGGCAAGGGCUUCACGCAGCUCAGUUCCUACCAGAGCCACGAGCGCACGCACUCGGGGGAGAAGCCCUUCCUGUGCCCGCGCUGCGGCCGCAUGUUCUCCGACCCCUCGAGCUUCCGUCGCCACCAGCGCGCGCAUGAAGGGGUGAAGCCGUACCACUGUGAGAAGUGCGGCAAGGACUUCAGGCAGCCGGCGGACCUGGCCAUGCACCGGCGUGUGCACACGGGCGACCGGCCGUUCAAGUGCCUACAGUGUGACAAGACGUUCGUGGCGUCCUGGGACCUCAAGCGGCACGCGCUGGUGCACUCUGGCCAGCGGCCCUUCCGCUGUGAGGAGUGCGGGCGAGCCUUCGCCGAGCGUGCCAGCCUCACGAAGCACAGCCGGGUGCACUCGGGGGAGCGCCCCUUCCAUUGUAACGCGUGUGGGAAGUCCUUUGUGGUGUCGUCGAGCCUGAGGAAGCACGAGCGGACCCAUCGAAGCAGUGAGGCCGCGGGGGUGCCCCCUGCACAGGAGCUGGUGGUGGGGUUGGCGCUGCCUGUGGGUGUGGCAGGUGAGAGUUCAGCCGCCCCGGCAGCAGGGGCGGGGCUGGGGGACCCUCCAGCAGGGCUGCUAGGGCUGCCCCCGGAGUCAGGUGGUGUGAUGGCCACACAGUGGCAGGUGGUGGGCAUGACGGUGGAGCAUGUGGAAUGCCAAGAUGCUGGUGUCCGGGAUGCUCCUGGUCCCUUGGAAGGGGCAGGCGAGGCGGGGGGUGAGGAGGCUGACGAGAAGCCCCCCCAGUUUGUGUGCCGAGAGUGCAAGGAGACCUUCUCCACAAUGACGCUGCUGCGUCGGCACGAGCGCUCACACCCGGAGCUCCGGCCCUUCCCCUGCACCCAGUGCGGCAAGAGCUUCUCUGACCGGGCUGGGCUGCGCAAACACAGCCGCACUCACAGCUCAGUGCGCCCCUACACCUGCCCCCAUUGUCCCAAGGCCUUCUUGAGUGCCAGCGACCUGCGCAAGCAUGAACGCACCCACCCUGUGCCCAUGGGGACCCCCACACCCCUGGAGCCCCUGGUGGCUUUGCUAGGAAUGCAUGAAGAGGGGCCGGCCUGAAGCCCAUGACCCCCCAGCACCACACUCCGGGAGCCCAGCCCCCACAGGGGCUUCCUGUACCUCCUUUUGCCUGGCUCUGCUCUUUAGACUCCAGAUCCUUACCCCUCAGCAACUAGCUCACCUGUCGCGCAGCUAAGAGAGCUGGGACAGUGGAGGCUGGCAGAAGCUGAUACUUGACUGUCUAGGAGUAACACUCAUUAAAGCUUUCAUUUUGGCACCA